AUGGUGUCGAAAAAUGUUGCAAAUGCUGAAGUCCUACCAAUUGAGCAUAAGAAUGGGCCAUGGAUUCGCUUGCUUACAUUUCUACAAUGGUAUCCGAAGGGUAUGAGCAAUGCAGAAAAAAAACUGGUCCUGAAGUUAGACCUUUCAAUUUUGACAUUUGGCUGUCUGUCAUUUUUCACCAAAUACCUCGACCAACAGGCCAUCACCAAUGCUUAUGUUUCAGGGAUGAAAGAGGACCUGCACCUAACAGGAAAUGACAUCAACUACAUAACUAUCGCCUUCUGGGCCGCCUACUGCAUCUCCAUGAUUCCUGCCUGCUACUACCUCACCCGCAGCCGAAUAAACAUCGUCCUCCCCACGCUGGAAGUAGGAUGGGGACUAUUCACAUUUGGCUGUGCCUGGGCACAAAACCUCAGCACCAUCUACGCCAUGCGCGUGUUCGUUGGAAUUUGCGAGUCGUGUUCCUUUACAGGUGUCAUCUACGUUAUUGGAUCAUGGUAUAAACCAAAAGAGAUUGGACGCCGAGUUUCGCUUUUUUUUAUUGCCUCGCCGCUGGGAACGAUGUUUGCCGGGUAUUUGCAGACAGCUGCUUAUACCAAUUUGGAGAAUGUGCAUGGGUUAGAGGGGUGGAGAGGGUACAUCGCCUUUCCCGACGUCCCUCACCAUAGCAAACCUCGCUUCCUAACUGAGGAAGAACACAUCCUCUCCAACACGCGCCUAGCGGAAUUCACAAGCCCAAGCCAACUAAAAGUCUCCCGGGACAUUUUAAAACGCGUUCUCGGGCGCUGGCACUGGUACGUAUUCGUCUCGCAAUGGAUCCUCAUCGAUCAAAAUUUCCUCCCCUCUUCGACGCCAUUUAGUCUGUAUCUCAAGGCAAAGCCGAAUAUAUACUCCGUGUCAAGGAUCAACACGUUACCGACUAUCGCGACGGCAUUUUCGAUUGUGACUGCGUUGAUUGCGGGAGUGGUUGUUGAUCGGGCUGCUAAUUUUUGGGCUCCGUGUGUUGUGGCUACGAUGCCGGUGCUUGUGGGGUUGAUAUUGCUGGUUGUGUGGGAUGUUGGGGAAGGGGGGAGGCUGGCUGGGUUUAUUCUGACUGGUUCUGAGGGUGCGAUGAGUCCGUUAACGAUGAGUUGGGCAACAGUGGUCAUGGGCAACGACGCCGAAGAACGAGCCAUCGUCACAGCCAGUAUGAAUGCAAUCGGGCAGGCCAUGUCGGCGUGGACUCAGUUACUGCAGUAUCCAGCUGUUGAUGCACCGAACUUUCGAAAAGGAUUCAUCUCAAACUUGGCGACUAUAUUGGCCCAGUUGGUAGUUAUUGCAGUGAUUGCGUUGUUGUGUCGGCGAGGUAGUCAUGUACAUAGGGGGUAG